AUGCCAACACAUUCCCGUGAAACAGGUCGCCAUCAAACCGGCGAAUUCAGACGCGCUACGAAAAUAUAUCUCAUUCGUACAGGAGGGCCUCAACCAAUUUGCGCAUUUGCUUUGUUAAUGGUGGGUGGUGCUAAUAGUAUCAUCUCAUCGCAUUAUAUUGUUAGUGAUGGCGGUAAUAAAGGUCAGGAAGAUGAUUUAUGGAUCAAGAAGACUAUGUAG